AAAUUCAAGCAAAAUUGAACAAGCUAUUUCGAAUUCCAUUCAAAAAUAUUCAAAACCAAACCCAACAUAUUGAAAUUGCUGAAGAUCAAACUCUAUUCAAAAAUGUUCAAGACCAAAUUCAACAUAUUGAAAUAACAAAGAAUCAAAUUCCAUUUAAAGUUAUUCAAGAUCAAACCCAAAAUAUUGAAAUUACAAAGAAUAUAACUACCAAUAUUUUCAAGUUUCAUAAUUCUGGAAAUGCUAAAAUUAUAUUUAAAUAG